UGUAUUCCCUCGACAGCUCGUAUGUUUAUUUCCGGGGUAUCUGCGUUGCUUGUGUUAGUUCGCACACUUGUGUGUCGAAUAUUUGGACUAGCUACCGGGUUUAAUUUCUAAGAAAUAAGUCCAUAUUUUGCUGUAUAUUUAUCACCACAAUGACGGAGGAAGUGCAGAAGCACUCUGUCCACACUCUGGUCUUCAGGUCUCUGAAAAGGACUCAUGACAUGUUUGUCUCUGACCAUGCUAAGACCAUCGCUCUGGAUGAAGAUAGCCACAGAAUGAAGAUGGGCGUCAAGCUGAAAACAGAGUACGCUCCGGUUUUGCACAUGCCUGUUGUGAAGGAGGGCAGAGCUUCACAGCUUUCAGCAGGCCAGGAGCUCCACCAGGGCUACGCCCAUCCAGGAGAUGAAGCAGAAUAUCUGAUCACCGGGACACAUGCUUAUCCCUCGGGACCUGGAAUGGCUUUGACUGCAGACACAAAGAUGCACAGGAAUCCCAGUGAGGGAGGCGUCAUCUCCAUGGCGCUGGCAUUGCCUCCCUCACAAGUCCGGCAAGAGGCAAGUCGGACUGCAGCCAGCGUUGCAGAAAUCCAUCGACACGCAGGAGGAGCGGACAGAGUUCACCCUCAGUCCACUGCUGUGUCCCUGCUGGAGGGUGGAGGCACCAGAAACUCUGCGCUCAUGAGGAGAGCACCAACGAUGCCCAAACCACAGUGGCAUCCUCCAUGGAAACUGUUUCGGGUCAUCAGCGGUCACCUGGGCUGGGUGAGGUCCAUAGCUGUGGAGCCUGGGAACCAGUGGUUUGUCACAGGAUCUGCUGAUAGAACUAUAAAGAUCUGGGACCUGGCCAGCGGGAAGCUGAAGCUGUCGCUGACGGGCCACAUCAGCACGGUGCGCGGCGUGGCGGUGAGCAGCCGCAGCCCCUAUCUCUUCUCCUGCGGGGAGGAUAAGCAGGUCAAAUGCUGGGAUCUGGAGUACAACAAGGUGAUCAGGCAUUACCAUGGACACCUCAGUGCCGUGUACGAUUUGGAUCUACACCCAACGAUUGAUGUGCUGGUGACAUGCAGCAGAGACGCUUCAGCCAGGGUUUGGGACAUCAGGACAAAAGCAAACGUUCACACACUCACUGGCCACACCAACACUGUCGCCACAGUGAGGUGUCAGGCUACUGAACCACAAAUCAUCACAGGCAGCCAUGAUUCAACCAUCAGACUGUGGGACCUGAUCGCUGGAAAAACCAGAGCGACUUUGACAAACCAUAAAAAGUCUGUCCGAACUCUGGUGCUGCACCCCAGGCAGUACACCUUUGCUUCAGGAUCAGCUGAUAACAUCAAGCAGUGGAUGUUCCCAGAUGGCAGCUUCAUCCAGAACCUCUCUGGCCACAACGCCAUCAUCAACACACUGGCUGUCAACUCUGAUGGUGUUUUGGUGUCUGGAGCUGACAACGGAACCAUGCACAUGUGGGAUUGGAGGACAGGCUACAACUUCCAGCGGAUCCACGCCGCCGUGCAGCCCGGCUCGCUGGAUAGUGAGUCGGGAAUCUUCGCCUGCAUGUUCGACCACUCCGAGAGCCGGCUGAUCACCGCCGAGGCUGACAAAACCAUCAAGGUUUACAAAGAAGACGACACGGCUACUGAAGAAAGCCACCCGAUCAACUGGAAACCAGAAAUCCUCAAGAGAAAAAGAUUCUGAAGAUUUUGUUUUUUUUAUUAUUUCCCAUCCAUCAGAUUUUGUUUUGGUUAGACAAACUGUUUCAUUUGUGAGACUUUAACCAAACCAGUCCCAUCUUGGCUUCCAUUAUUCUAGAAACCAUGUACAGUCACCACUGAAUGUUUCCAGACCAGUCAGAACAUCCUGCUGGAGAGCCAGGAACUUCCAGAGUAGUUCCUGAUGAGCGCUCGGUUCCGUCUCCUCCACUCUUCAGGUGUAAGCUUUAUUCCCUCUGAUGUGGCAGAAGCCAGGAAAUGCUCAGUGCUGAUUACUAGUUGUACAUACAUAAAAACUUUCCUUUGUUCCUACAUGAUCUGAGCUUUAUUUUGCUCUGUUUCAUUAAAGACUGUUUUUUUUUUUUUUACAAACAUGUUUGCUUUUUAAAUAAAGGUUCUCCACCUCCUGGGAUAAAGUG